UGUUUUGAAUCUGAGUAGUUCAGCCGUUAGUUGUGCUGAAUUAUUGGAGCCUCCAACUCCUGUGCGCUUUCCUGCUUGAUUCUACUUUUAGUUCUCAUCGAAAUCUACUUUUAAAGAUGGAUUUGGAUUCUAUGAAAUACGCGGAACUGCGCAGCCUCGCAAAAGAGCUCGGCCUCAAGGCUAAUUUGAAGGCUGAUAAGUUACUGAAAGCCCUCAAGCAGCAUUUUGAUCAACAGAAGAACACACAGGAAGAAAAGAAAGAGGAGUUUGAUGUUGAGAUUUGUAACGCACCCCCGGUGUUUGUGAACACACGUCGAGGGAGAGCGAAGAACAAAAGGACCGAUGUGGAGAACGAGCCUUCUACUGAGGACGAAGCCAAGUUGGACGAGGUCUCUGCUGCUCCACCCCAGCAUGGCGGCAAGAGGAGACGAGUGUCCUCCACCUCCAAGAUGGAGACUACAGACAAGCAAGUGGUUGUGGUGCUGGAAGAUGUUCAAGUGCAGAGUGCUGUCGAGAAUGAAGUCCAAGUUCCCCGUGCCAAGGCUGGUAAGAUCCCCCGUUUAAUAGGCGACCUGACCAAGAGGAAGCCUUUGAAGCCAGUCACUCCCAAUUUCAAGAAGCUCCACGAGGCGCAGUUCAACAAGCUGGAGUCCAUCGACGCGUACGUGCAGAGGAAGAACAGGAAGAUGGAAUUGUUCCAGAAGCCCGUGAAAGAGCUGAAGGCGGUGAAGCCGAGGCGCUCGUCCAAGUUCGGCAGCAAGAAGACGAGUGAAGACGAAGGCAGAGCGACUCUUCUUUCUGCCAGCAGAGAUCCUCCAAAGAUGUCCUGCGGGAAGAAAGACGUGACCUUCAAGCCCUCGGUGGUCUCCACACGCAGGAUCAAUGUGAGGUUCACUGAGGCCACGCCCGACAACGAGUACAAGAUGUCGCUGAUGAAGACGCCGGCCCGCAUGUCCUUCAACGUGGUGAGCAGCACCCCGAUGGAGGACAGGAAGUCCAAGUGUGUCAGAGCCUCCAGCUUCUCCGUCACCAAGACUCCAGCAACGUUUGUGUUCACGGGCAACACCAGCAGCUCCACACCAGCGACGCAGAAGAAGGCGACCUUUGACCUGAAGGCCAGCCUGUCGCCGCUGUCCUACAAACCUCACACAGGCAAGCUCAAGCCGUUCGGUGACGUGACCGACGACAAGACGGCAGACAAGUCGCUCCUCUCCAAGUCCCGCCAGCAGAACUACAAGCAGCACAAAGUCCAGAGCAGGGACGAGAGGCAAGUGAAACAAGCAGAAGAUCGCAAGCAAAAGAAGUCUGCAAUGUUGUGUGCUCGAAGAGGCCUUGUGAUGACGUAAAUGUUUUUAAAGCAGUCUUUUUGUAAAUAUCAUAUUUUAUUGAUCUCACUAGGUAGCAGCAGCUUGUUUGCAUUUUAGCUUCUGUGCUUUUAGUCAUUGGGUGGCCAAUUAGAAAGCAUUUAGUUUGAACUUGUGUUUGGGAAAGUAAAAAAUACACUGUCUGAAUGUUGCUUUUUUCAAAAUAAAAAGUGUGGAUUUAACACAAA